ACCGUCAGAUGAAAAAAAACUCAAUAACUCCAAAUCUCCACCGUCUGAUAAAAAAUUCUUAUCUCCAUAAUUGUUAAUUCACCUAACUUGGUAAACCAUAGCAGCUGCAGCCAGUGGAUUAUACAUAUAGGAUUCGUUCACUGGCUCUCUAUCUGAAAUUCACUCACUCUAUCUCUAUAGAAAACAAGGUUUUGAAGGAAAAAAAAUGGAAAACGGGGUUGAGAGAGUUGUUGUGGAAGAGAAAACCAAUGUGGGAAAUGAAGGUUUUGGGGACAAGGUAGAGGAGGAGAGAGUUGUGGUGGGGUCUGAUGAGUCAAAGGAUUUGGGAGAUGAGGCUUUUGAGGAGGCAAUUGAAUCACAUGAGCAAUUGCAGGAGGAGGAGGGAAUGAAAGUUGUAUCAGACGGUGCUGUUUCUGAGAGUGUUGGCGAUUCGAUUUCAGCAGUUGUUGAUGAGAGCUCAAAUUUAGGAAACGAGACAGAGAAACUUGAAGAGGCUAUUUUUAUUCCUGCUGAGAGUGGGAAUCCUGAUGAGUUGGGCGGGGCUGUUGGUGAAGAGAAGGUGGAGGAUUUGGUGGGCGAAGAUAGUGUUGAUAAGAUUGAUGAGGGAGGGACUGCAAAGGAAGCUAGGGGCAGUGAAUCAAGUGGAGGAGAGGUUGCUGAGGUCGUUGGUAAUGGAGUAACAGAGGUUUUGAAGGCUGAGGGUGAAGGCGAGGUGGAUUCUAAUCAGGGAAUUAAAUUGGAUGAGGAGAUUCUGCUCAAGAAUGAUGAGAGAGAAGAACUGAAGGAGGAUGAGUUGAGCACUGAGUAUCAGGGGACUAGUGGCAAUUCAGGCAUGGACCAGAAUUUGAUAAAAAUGGAUGCUGAGCAUUUAGAUGAGAAAAGUGGGGAAUUGAAAGGUAACGGAGAGUCUGCUAAGGAAGAUGGGAACAAUGAAUUGAUUGGAGGUGAGGAGGUUUCUGAGAUUACUGUUGAUGGAGAAACUCAGGCUUUAAGGAGUGAGGCUGAGGUCAAUUCUAAUCGAGAAAUUGAGUCAAGCAAGGAAUUGAAUAGUGAUGGAGAUUAUGCUCAGGAAGUGGGGAACAAUGAGAUGAGUGGAGAUGCGGGGGUUUCUGAGAUUGCUGGUGAUAUAGGAGCAGAGGCUUUGAAGGGUGAGAAUGAGGCUGAUCCUAAUCAAGAAACUGAGUUGAGCAAGGAUAUUCUUCCUGAAGAUGGUGAAAGAGAGGAACUUAAGGAGCAUAAUGCAGAGGUGUCUGAGAUAGCUGGUAAUAUAGGAACAGAGGCUUUGAAGGGUGAGUAUGAGGCUGAUCCUGAUCGAGAAAUUGAGCUGAGCAAGGAGAUUCUUUCUGAAGAUGGUGAAAGAGAGGAACUGAAGGAGGAUAAUUUGGGUUCUGAAUAUCAGGAGGCCAAUGAGUCAAUUAAUUUAUCAGGUGAUCUUAACGGUGAUCAGAGUGAAGGACUGGAUGAUAAUCUGGAAAAAACAGAUAUAAAACAUAAUGUUGAGAAGAAUGUGGAUUUUGACAGUGCAAUAGUAGGCCUUGAUGCUGGAAUUGGGAUUAAUAAGAGCGAACAUUUCAGGGACAUCUCAGCAGUUGUGGAUACAGAAAACCAUGAUGAUAGCAAUGGGAAGUUGAAAGAUGUUUCAGCUGUUAUAGCUUCAGAGCAAAAUGGGGAAACUCAUGAACUGAAAGCUGCACCAUCUGUCCCACAGACAGUUGUGGAGGAAGUAAAGCUGGUACCGGGAGUUUUAGCCUCAUCUUCUUUAGAGAAGUCAGUGACUGAGAGAAAUGAGGAGAUCCAGGCUCAUGCAUCUAAUGUGCGAGCAGAGGAUAGCAAGGGUUCUGAAGUACAUCGUGCUGCCAACAAUACUAAUGGAGUCAGCAAAAGCACUAAUGUGACUGAAGAGCCUAAGGAGAAAGCAGACAAGGGUCAGGAGGAUAAGCAAACUACUCCAGCAAAUAUGGAGCGAAAAAUUAAGCAUUUACCCAAGAUUGCAUCUUCAUCUGCAAAAUCUUCAAGUGCAGCUCCCACACCUUCUCGUCCAGCUGGCCUUGGACGUGCUGCCCCACUAUUUGAACCUGCACCCAGGGCAGUCCAGCAGCCUCGUGCUAAUGGAGCUGUUUCUCAUACACAAUCCCAACAGGUUGAAGAUCCUACAAACAGGGAAUCAGAAGAGUAUGACGAGACUCGUGAAAAACUUCAAAUGAUUAGGGUGAAAUUUUUGCGACUUGCACACAGACUUGGGCAGACUCCUCAUAAUGUUGUUGUUGCACAGGUUUUAUACAGACUGGGAUUAGCUGAACAGCUGCGAGGCAGAAGUGGUGGCCGUGUUGCUGGCUUCAGUUUUGAUCGUGCCAGUGCCAUGGCAGAACAGCUCGAGGCUGCCGGGCAGGAACCCCUUGAUUUCUCCUGUACAAUUAUGGUUCUUGGAAAGACAGGUGUGGGUAAAAGUGCCACUAUCAAUUCAAUAUUUGAUGAAGUGAAGUUUGGCACAGAUGCUUUUCAGUUGGGUACAAAAAAGGUUCAGGAUGUUGUGGGCACUGUUCAGGGGAUAAAGGUACGGGUCAUUGACACACCAGGACUUCUUCCUUCAUGGUCUGACCAGCGCCAGAAUGAGAAGAUCCUUCACUCUGUUAAGCGCUUUAUAAAGAAAACUCCUCCAGACAUUGUGUUGUAUCUUGACAGGUUGGACAUGCAGAGCAGGGAUUCUGGUGAUAUGCCCCUCUUGCGUACCAUCACUGACAUAUUUGGUCCCUCUAUAUGGUUUAAUGCAAUUGUUGUCUUGACCCAUGCGGCAUCAGCUCCACCUGAUGGCCCAAAUGGUACUGCUUCAAGUUAUGAUAUGUUUGUCACUCAGCGCUCGCAUGCUGUCCAACAAGCAAUUCGUCAGGCAGCUGGAGAUAUGCGACUCAUGAAUCCUGUUUCAUUGGUUGAGAACCACUCAGCAUGUAGAACUAAUAGGGCAGGGCAGAGAGUGUUGCCAAAUGGUCAGGUUUGGAAGCCCCAUUUAUUGCUGCUCUCUUUCGCAUCUAAGAUUCUUGCUGAGGCGAAUGCACUUUUGAAGCUGCAAGAUAGUACACCUGCAAAGCCUUUUGCAACUCGAUCAAGAGCACCUCCUUUACCAUUCCUUCUCUCAUCCCUUCUCCAGUCAAGACCUCAAGUUAAGCUGCCAGAGGAACAGUAUGGCGGAGAGGAUGGUUUAGAUGAUGAUUUAGAUGACUCGUCAGAUUCUGAGGAUGAAUCGGAAUAUGAUGAAUUGCCACCAUUUAAAAGUUUGACAAAGGCUCAGAUUGCGAAGCUUACUAAAGCUCAGAAGAAGGCAUAUUUUGAUGAGUUAGAAUACAGAGAGAAACUUUUCAUGAAAAAACAGUUGAAGGAGGAGAAAAGGCGACAGAAGAUGAUGAAGAAAAUGGCUGCAGCUGCGAAGGACCUGCCUAGUGAGUACACUGAAAAUGCAGAAGAAGGUGGAGGAGCUGCAUCUGUUCCUGUUCCCAUGCCAGAUUUAGCCUUACCUGCUUCGUUUGAUUCUGAUAAUCCCACUCACCGGUACCGUUAUCUUGAUACCUCCAACCAGUGGCUUGUGAGGCCAGUUCUAGAAACUCAUGGCUGGGAUCAUGAUGUUGGUUAUGAAGGUAUAAAUGUGGAGAGGUUGUUUGUGGUUAAAGACAAGAUACCUAUAUCUUUUUCUGGCCAGGUAACAAAGGACAAGAAGGAUGCCAAUGUUCAAAUGGAGUUAGCAAGUUCUCUAAAGCACGGAGAAGGAAAAGCUACUUCACUGGGGUUUGAUAUGCAGACCGUGGGAAAAGACUUGGCCUAUACUUUACGCAGUGAGACUAGGUUCAGUAAUUUUAGGAAAAAUAAGGCUACAGCUGGUCUCUCGGUUACUCUAUUGGGUGACGUCUUAUCAACUGGAGUGAAAGUUGAGGAUAAAUUGAUUGCUGGUAAGCGUUUCCAAAUGGUCAUGUCUGGUGGUGCUAUGAGUGGUCGUGGUGAUGUGGCCUAUGGUGGCAGUUUGGAGGUCCAGCUGAGAGACAAAGAUUAUCCUCUUGGUCGUUCAUUAUCAACACUUGGGCUUUCUGUCAUGGACUGGCAUGGAGAUCUUGCCAUUGGCUGCAAUUUGCAAUCCCAGAUUCCUAUAGGACGAUCUACAAAUUUGAUUGGUCGUGCUAAUUUGAAUAACAGGGGAGCUGGACAAAUCAGUAUUCGCUUAAAUAGCUCAGAACAGCUUCAACUUGCUUUGGUUGGCCUCAUUCCUCUUUUGAAGAAGCUAAUCGAGUAUCCUCAACAAUUGCAACUAGGACAAUGAAGAAAAGUUUAGGUUAUACUUGCUAGGAAACUUCUGAUGUCGCCAUGUUGUGUAGGUCAUCGAGUAAUGCGAGUGAAGUUAAAAGCUGCUUCGUGCCCCCCACCCUUUCCUUCUCUUUUUGUUGGAAUCAGAUGACAUCAUGUUGUAUGAUAUUAGUUGUUGUAAUUUCUUUGUUAGAUAUUUUCUCAAAGUGGUUUUUUCUUCUUAUCAAUCCACUAGACCUAUUAUUGCUUCUUGUUCAACAAUGCCUGUUUCAAGAAUCCAUAUAGUUUUCUCCUCAAAUGGCUGAUGAAAUAGAUUUGCAUGGUAACAAACUAGAUCGCUUGCCGUGUAUAGUCCUUGCGUUUCUAGUUUCUAGGGUUAGGCCAGAAUCACGAAUUGUUAAAUUAUAAUAAAGCAUGGGACUUUCUCAUGCAUUUUGUCU